AUGGCGGGCUUUGGGCGAUCAAACUCGCUGAGUAUCAAUACUGGCGGUGGUGGUGGUCUCUUUGGCAAUAAUGCAAACCAAGGCCAGCAGGACAGCCAGCCACAGAGCAGCGGCGGGCUCUUUGGGUCUGCCCAGCAACCCCAACAAGCACAGUCGGGCUCGCUCUUCGGCGGUCAGGCUCAGGCUCAGACUUCGCAGCACGCAAGCGGAGGCCUGUUUGGCAACCUGAACAAGCCUGCGACAACGGCGCCUGCGAGCGGAGGGCUCUUCGGCUCUUCCACCGCGCAAUCAACACAACCACAGAGCGGAGGCCUCUUCGGCGGCGCAUUAGGCGGAACCUCACAGAGCCAGCCCCAAAGCACACCCCAAUCCGGUGGCCUCUUCGGCGGCGCUCAGUCGAAGCCAUCACUGUUCGCCUCGUCCACACAGCAGACAACAACACCCUCCUUGUUCGGGAACAACACCUCCACCCAGCAAAAUCAAACAUCCGCCCCUUCGCUCUUCGGUUCGACUCAACAGCAAGCCCAGCCCCAGCAGCAGAAUACUUUGUUCGGUGGCAGUAUGAACACACAGAACAGAUCGAAUACGCUCGGUGGCUCUACUUUAGGAGGGAACCAGAUGGCAUCAAGCGCGCAGCCCGUUCAGAUGACCCUCGACUCGAUACGAGGAACCACGCGUUUCAACGACCUGCACCCCGAACUGCAAAACAUUAUCCAGCAGUUCGAUGAGGGCAUCCAGCGCAAGGUCAACUUCUGCAGCCAGAUUCGCGAGGCCCUCCCUGGCAGCGAGAAAGAGAUCGACACCAUUGCGCCUGACGUGGCCUACAUCGAGACCUUCCUUUCCACCGUAGAAGUCGGCCUGGAUAACGAUUCCGCCAACAUUGCGCACCUCAAAAGCCUCGUCAAGAAGGAUGCCGACGACGCGACUCUCAGCUUCCGUGCCAUUGAGAACCAGCGACUACCGGCGCAGUUCCACUACCGCAACAACGCCAACCUCACAGCGUCAAGCGCAAAGGCUCCUGCGACCAGUGCUCUGGACGAUGACGACCCGACGAAGCCUGUCGACCUCAUGGGUUACUUCAACCGCCGCACCGAUGAGCUCGGCCGUACUCUAGACGUUUACCAGCGCCAGAUUCGCGAGAUCGAGACGCACCUACGAACGAUGGAGGCCGGCACUGUGGAGAAGGCUCAGCAAUUGACCGGCAGUCGAAGCGCACCACGCGACCAGCGUCGUGAGCUGGUGGAAGCGCUCAAGGCCAUUGAGGGCGCCAUUCUCGACUCGGCGAAGAAGGUUGGACAGGUCAAACCCGGUGACAAGAGCGGCGAGUUCAAGCGCCAAACAUCCGUCUUCAGAAACUGGAUCCAGAACAAGCCUGAUGCCGAAUUCCCACCUGAGAAAGGUCGCUACCAUCUCUAUGUCUCCUACGCCUGUCCCUGGGCGCACCGCACACUCAUCGUGCGCCACCUAAAGGGCCUCGAAGACAUCAUCUCCUACAACAGCGUCCACUGGCACAUGGCGGAGAAGGGCUGGCGAUUCGCUGCUUCUGACGAACAUGUUUCUGGUAACACCACACCAGACCCGAUCCACGAAGGAUACACGCAUCUACGCGACAUCUACUUUGAGCAGAACCCAGACUACGAAGGCCGCUUCACGGUGCCGACGCUGUACGACAAGAAGGCCAAGAAGAUCGUCAGCAAUGAGAGUGCGGAAAUCAUAAGGAUGAUGUACACCGAAUUCGACGAUCUCGUCGAGGAGAAAUACAGGAAGGUAGAUCUAUUCCCCAAGGACUUUCAGAAGGACAUCGAGGCCAUGAACGACUGGGUGUACAACGAUGUGAACAACGGUGUUUACAAGUCGGGAUUCGCUACCACGGAGGAGGCAUACACAAAGGCCGUGACGCAGCUUUUCAAGUCUCUUGAUCGGUUGGAAGAAUCCAUGGCUCAGUCUUCCACACCAUAUCUACUGUCAAGCCCGCACGUGACGGAAGCCGAUGUCCGCCUUUUCACCACGAUCAUCCGCUUCGAUCCCGUGUACGUUCAGCACUUCAAGUGCAAUAUCCGCGAUAUCAGAUCGGGAUACCCGCACCUUCACAAGUGGAUGCGCCAUCUGUACUGGGACUACCCCGCUUUCAAAGAAACCACAGACUUUGAGCACAUCAAGAAGCAUUACACAAAGAGCCAUGGUCAGAUCAACAAGUUCCAGAUUACGCCCAUUGGGCCUUUGCCGGAUAUCUUUGAGAAGGACGACGAAGUGCCCAGUGUCAAGGCCGCGAAGAAGUAG